AUAUUAUUCACAUGCCAUACAAUAUACCCAUUAAAAAUGUAAACUUAAAGUAUAUUUAGUAGUUUAGUAUAUUCAUGCAGUUGUGCAAUCACUACAGUUCUAGAACAUUCUUCCCCUGGCCUGCCAAUAUUCCAUUGUCUGGGUGUACCAUACUUAUUUAUCCAUUCAUUAGUUAGACAUUUGGUUUUCUGCCUUUUCAUGAUUAUACAUAAUUGCGACUAUCAACAUUCAUGUAUAAGUUUUUGUUCAGAUACAUGUUUUCAUUUCUGUUAGGUAUCUACCUGGGAGUGAAAUAGUGAAAUUGCUGGGUCAUAUGAUAAUUUUAACUUUUUUUUUUUGUAAUGGGGAUUGAACUAGGAAAACACAUAGCUACAUCUCCAGCCCUUUUUAAAUUUUGAGAAAGACUGUUACUACAUUGUCCUGGCUGGCCGCAAACUUGCCACCCUCCUCCCUCAGUCUCCCAAGCAACAGAGAUUACAAGAAUGCACCACCACACCUUGGCUCUAUUUAAUCUUUGGAAGAACUGUUGUUCUAUUUUCCAAAGCUGCUGCACCAUUUUACAGUGCCAUCAUCGGAGUAUGAAGGUUCCAAUUUCAACAUCCUUGCUAGUACUUGUUAGUGGGUUUUUUUGUUUCUUUUGUUUUAGCAUCCAAUCUGGGGCAUUGCAUAUGGUAACCAAGGUAUCUAUUACUGAGUUAUACCUCCAGUCUUUCUUUUUUUGUUUUAAUUAUAGCCACUCUGGUUGAGUUUGAAGGGGCAUCUUGUGUUUUCCUGAUUGGAAACAAUGUUGAGCAUCUUUCCAUGUGAUUGAUUACUGGCUAUUUGUAUCUAUCUUUCUUAGAAGAAUGUCUAGGGAAAUCUUUUGCUCAUUUAAAAAUUGGAUUACUUGCUUUUUAAAAAUUUAUUGAAAGAUUCAGUACAAGGCUUUGAAGACAGGAAUAACGUACUCUAUCAGUUGGAGUCAGCUAAGCAAAAAAUGGGAAAUAAAUAUUAUUUAUCCCUGUUUUACAGAUGAUAAUGUCCAGUAGUUCACAGUGAGUGGCAGAGCUAAAGUUCAAGCCAAAUUUGACUCCAGAGGCCAUGCUUCUAGUACUAACCAAGAGUGGAUAGUAGUUUCCUGAAUCCAUCUAGCUUAGUCCCUUUUUCCAAUUCUAAAUUACAAUACAUUACGUGCUUAAAAAAAAAACUUGCCCCGUCUACCUUUCUUGAGAAACUUCCAUCCAGGCGCCGGCAGGUGGCGCUGGGGCUCCGUGUGACGCUCUAUCUGGUGAGCGCAAUUCUGUAGUCCCGGGCCUCUGGGGCCACCGCCGCACUUCCGGGCGCCGAUUCAGUGAUGAAUUCCUUCUCCUGCCUCACCAGGAUGCAGAAGGUCUCAGUGUUACUCUUCCUGGUCUGGGUCUGUUUCUUCUUCUAUGCUGGGAUCGCCCUCUUCACCAGUGGCUUCCUUCUCACCCGUUUGGAGCUCACCAACUACAGCAGCUGCCAAGAGCCCCCAGGCCCUGGGUUCCUAGCAUGGGGGAGCCAAGGGAAACCUGGGGCCUGCUGGAUGGCUUCCCGGUUCUCCAGAGUUGUGUUGGUACUGAUAGAUGCUCUGCGAUUUGACUUUGCCCAGCCCCAGCGGUCACAUACAUCUGGGGAGCCUCCUGUCUCCCUGCCUUUUCUGGGAAAAUUAGGCUCCUUGCAGAGGCUUCUGGAGAUUCAGCCCCACCAUGCCCGGCUCUAUCGAUCUCAAGUUGAUCCCCCCACCACCACCAUGCAGCGCCUCAAGGCCCUUACAACUGGCUCACUCCCUACCUUUAUUGAUGCUGGCAGUAACUUCGCCAGUCAUGCCAUCCUAGAAGACAACCUCAUUAAGCAGCUCAACAGUGCAGGAAGGCAGGUAGUCUUCAUGGGAGAUGACACCUGGAAAGACCUUUUCCCUGGAGCUUUUUCCAAGGCUUUCUUCUUCUCAUCCUUCAAUGUCAAAGACCUACACACAGUGGACAAUGGCAUCCUAGAACACCUGUAUCCCACCAUGGACAGUGGUGAAUGGGACGUGCUGAUUGCUCACUUCCUGGGUGUGGAUCAUUGUGGCCACAAGCAUGGCCCUCACCACCCUGAAAUGGCCAAGAAACUUACCCAGAUGGACCAGGUGAUCCAGGGACUUGUGGAGCGUCUGGAAAAUGACACCCUGCUGGUGGUGGCUGGGGACCAUGGGAUGACUGUGAAUGGGGACCAUGGAGGGGACAGUGAGCUGGAGGUCUCGGCUGCACUCUUUCUCUACAGCCCUACACCCCUCUUCCCCAGCGCCCCACCAGAGGAACCAGAAGCAAUUCCUCAAGUCAGCCUUGUGCCCACACUGGCCCUGUUGCUGGGCCUCCCCAUCCCAUUUGGGAACAUUGGGGAGGUUAUGACUGAACUGUUCUCAGGAGGCGAGGACUCCCAGCCUGACUCCUCUGCAUUAGCCCAAGCCUCGGCACUCCAUAUCAAUGCCCAACAGGUGUCCCGAUUUCUUCACACCUACUCGGCUGCUACUCAGGACCUCCAAGUUAAGGAGCUUCAUCGACUGCAGAACCUCUUCUCCAAGGCCUCUGCUGACUACCAGCGGCUUCUGCAGAGCCCCAAUGAGGCUGAGGCAACACUGCAGACUGUGAUUACUGAGCUGCAGCAGUUCCUUCGAGGAGCUCGGGCCAUAUGCAUCGAGUCUUGGGCCCGUUUCUCUCUGGUCCGCAUGGCAGGGGGUGCUGCUCUCUUGGCUGCUACAUGCUUUCUCUGCCUGCUUGCAUCCCAGUGGGCAACUUCCCCAGCCUUUUCUUUCCGUCCUCUACUGCUGAUGCCUGUGGCCUGGGCCCUUGCUGGGGCCACUCUGUAUGCUGGAUUAUUGACAACUACCAGCCUGAAGCUGGAUCUAGUGGUUCUAGGGGCUGUGGCUGCAGUAGCUUCACUCCUGCCUUUUCUGUGGAAAGCCUGGGGUAGCUGCAGGUCUAAGAAGCCCCUGCCAACCCUGAUUUCCAUCCCUGGGCCUGUCCUUUUACUCUUGCUCAUUCGCUUGGCUACCUUUUUCUCUGAUAGUUUUGUUGUAGCUGAGGCUAGGGCCACCCCCUUCCUUUUAGGCUCACUCAUCUUGCUCCUUGUUGUCCAGCGGCACUGGGAGGGCCAGCUGCUGGUACCUAAGCUGCUCACAAUACCCCGCCUUGGUUCUUCUACCCUAACGGGCCCCCCACGGCACAGUGGUGGAUAUGCCCUGAGGCUUGGCAUUGGGUUGCUUUUAUGUACAAGGCUAGCUGGGCUUUUUCAUCGCUGCCCUGAAGAGACACCUGCUUGCCACUCCUCUCCCUGGCUGAGUCCUCUGGCAUCCAUGGUGGGUGGUCGAGCCAAGAAUUUGUGGUAUGGAGCUUGUGUGGGGGCACUGGUAGCCCUGUUAGUUGCUGUGCGCCUGUGGCUUCGCCACUAUGGUAAUCUCAAGAGCCCUGAGCCCCCUGUGCUCUUUGUGCGCUGGGGGCUGCCUCUAAUGGCAUUGGGCACUGCUGCCUACUGGGCAUUGGUAUCAGGGGCAGAUGAAGCACCCCCACGUCUCCGAGCCCUGGUUGCUGGGGCAUCACUUGUGCUUCCACGGGCCGUGGUGGGGCUGGCUGCUGCAGGCCUCAUGCUGCUGCUCUGGAAACCUGUGACAGUGCUGGUGAAGGCUGGCACAGGUACCCCAAGGACCAGGACUGUCCUCACUCCCUUCUCAGGCCCCCCCACUUCUCAGGCUGACCUGGAUUAUGUGGUCCCUCAAAUCUACCGACACAUGCAAGAGGAGUUCCGGGGACGGCUAGAGAGGACCAAAUCUCAGGGUCCCUUGACUGUGGCUGCCUAUCAGUUGGGAAGUGUCUACUCAGCUGCUAUGGUCACGGCCCUCACCGUAUUGGCCUUCCCACUUCUGCUAUUGCAUGCGGAGCGCAUCAGCCUUGUGUUCCUGCUUCUAUUUCUGCAGAGCUUCCUUCUCCUGCAUCUGCUUGCUGCGGGGAUACCCAUCACCACUCCUGGUCCUUUUGCUGUGCCAUGGCAGGCUGUCUCAGCUUGGGCCCUCAUGGCCACCCAGACCUUCUACUCCACAGGCCACCAGCCCGUCUUUCCAGCUAUACAUUGGCACGCAGCCUUCGUGGGAUUUCCAGAAGGUCAUGGCUCCUCAACUUGGCUCCCUGCUUUGUUAGUGGGAGCCAACACAUUUGCCUCCCACCUUCUCUUUGCAGCAGUAGGUUGCCCACUGCUCCUGCUUUGGCCCUUCCUGUGUGAGAGUCAAGGGCCAAGGAAGAGGCGGCAGCCCCCAGGGAGUGAAGCCAAGGGCAGGGUCAGGCCUGAAGAGGAGGAGGAGGAGGAGGAGGAGGAGGAGGAGGAGGAGGAGGAGCCACUAAUGGAGAUGCGGCUCCGGGGUGCACCUCACCAUUUCAAUGCAGCGCUCCUGCAGCUGGGCCUCAAGUACCUUUUUGUCUUUGGAAUUCAGAUUCUGGCUUGUGCCUUGGCAGCGUCCAUCCUCCGCAGGCAUCUCAUGGUCUGGAAGGUGUUUGCCCCCAAGUUCAUUUUUGAGGCCAUAGGCUUCAUUGUGAGCAGCGUGGGACUUCUCCUGGGCAUAGCUUUAGUAAUGCGAGUGGAUGGUGCUGUGAGCUCCUGGUUCAAAAAACUAGUUCUGGCCCAACAGAGGUAGCCUAGUCUGUGGAUGCUGGCUCCUGGCUACAAAGACAGCUGGAGAAGCACCUGGCCUGGACUAUACAGGUGCUGGAUGAUCUGCAAGAGAGGUUGAGCCUCUACUGCCAUGCAGCAUAGGGGCUGCUGGCUAUAGAACUGUGUUAUUCUAGAAUUCAGUAUCACAGUGGAGCCUGAUCCCUUUCUCCUGAUUUGGCUGCAUCUGAUGGAUAAAGGGGGUGGUCUCCAAAGUGGAAUAAAGUAAUAAUGUAACUA